AUGAGUGAUAAUGCUGAAUCGAACUCCCUAAGACCACCGUCUCCAAAGCCCGAAUUGCUGAGAAAAGAAUCACUCAACUUACUUCCACAAGCAUCUCAGGGAGGUACCCUGGUAGCAAUCCCGACUACCGCGGUUACCUUAGAGAACAUGGACCAGCCAGAGAUCACCUCAAAUGUUGAUGAUGAAGAAGAACACAGCAUGUUAAGUCCAGGCUUGAGGCCAUCGAUGCUGAAUGUAACAUCCCAAUCGGAUAGGGUAAGCAUUGCUGGCCUGGUCAAUGAAACAUUGGCGGAAGAUCACAGUGAAAGUGAUGAAACAGAGACAAACCAUCUCACCGAGAUACUUCAGAACCUUAUGGCCCAAGAUAUUGGGAAAGCUCGUGGUCUCGGAUCCUCGUCUUUACAAAAUCUUAAUUUUAUAUCUGGUGGAGAUACAGAGAUCGACGACAACUUCAUACGCUCGAGAUUGCUUCCAGACAAGCUGGACUCGUCUGCCUCAUUCCUGGGCAAGCUAAAGCAAGUAUUCGUUUUAUCGACGGCUGGCAAGCCCAUUUAUUCACUCAAUGGCUCCGAUGAUAAUGUAAUGGGGUAUAUGGGCCUCAUAACAACUAUUGUGUCAUCCUACCAAGAGAUAAUGAAGUCUGAGUUUCAUCAUAUCACGCAAGAUGGUUUCAAGCUUGUUGUGAUGAACAAGAGUCCACUUAUUCUUGUACUCAUUACUAAGGUUGCGUAUGAGCUAGAGAUGACGACAGAAAUAGUGUCAUCAACGAUAGAAAGACAACUUAUGUCCGUUUACAAUUACCUUCUUUCGGUAUUAUCAGCGCCGGUCAUAAGGAGGAGCUUCGAGAGGCGUAUGAACUACGACCUUCGCAAAGUCUUGUCGAACCAAGACAUUGCUUUUUUAGACUCCAUGCUAAUGAAACAAACGUAUGGUUUAUCAACACUGGCAAACGAAGAGAUCAUACUCGAUAGCAACGCCUACAUUAGUCACAUGCUUGGUUCAGCUAUUAGAUGUGUCAGAAUCACACACACAACUCGGUGCAAGCUUAAUUCAAUUUUGCUUUCCUCUCGAAAGUUGUCUGUUAAGGAUGCUGACUCUGAUGCAGCGUCUGUUAUGAGUAAAGUGACUAAUUACGAGAGCAAAAGAUAUCUUGCAAACGACCUUCUUUUUGGAUUCAUAUGUAUCAAUGACAAGGUGCUUACAAGUAUGCGACCCACCCAACACAGACUACGAAAGGAUGAUGUCAAUUUAUUAUUAGCGAUUAUAUCUCUUCAUUAUGGCGAGACACAACAAGAAGAAGGUGCCGAAUUGUGGAUACCAUUGUGCAUGCCGAAUUUUAAUGACACAGGGUUCUUGUAUGUCUACGUUAAGCGGUUCAUUCUCGCGGGCUAUCCGGAGCCCUUGUCGUUGGCUCUCUUGGGAGCGAACAAAAAUAGUUUCUUUGAAUUGAAACAGGUUGGGUCGCAUAUAAUAUCAAAGAUUUUGUGUAAUAAGUCUUUAAAAACUACUUUAACUGCAGAGCUUGUCGAGAUGGAAAUGGCUGCAAGACUAGUCAAGGACUUGAACUGUACCUUCAUAAAGCAUUUCAUCUACCGACAAAAAACAGAGAAUCAAUUCUUCAUGGAUGAUAUCAAGCAUUUGUCUACUGAAACCGAUAAUCAUCAAAACAUUGCAACGCAUCUUCAAGUGCUAUAUUUUUAUACUUCUUUGCAUAACGCGAAGAGUACUACAAUCAAGGACGACGACAAAGAAGGAAAAAGACUCACCUACACAAGAUGGCAGAGAAAAGAUGGAUGGAUCACUGGAUUCUUACUAUCAAGCAAAACUUACGACUUCUACUGUCUCUGUGGUGGAUCAGUGCAAGCGCAACACAUUAUAGAUCAGAGUAUCCGAAUCAUCAAGUGGGUAGAAAAGUACAAGAAGCGGCUCUUCAUUGGCGAGGCAAUUACUUUCUAG